AUUUCAGAUGAGGUUAAGAAGACAAGACAAGGAAACAAAGUAGCUGAUCUUGUUGCAAGGGAAGGAAGACAAGAAGUGUCCAUCAGUUUAAAUUUUCAAGAUCCUCGUCAGUUUUUAAUUCCUGCAACGGCUUACGGGGGCCGGCCUAUAAAAAUCUAAAUCUCAAACGGACCCACUAUUAUUUGAUUACCAUAGGAGAAUCACUCUAUGAAGAAGAGCGUGAGACAAGUUAGUCUACAAACGAGAGUAGAGUUAAACAUCAUUACCCCAAGAGACGAACAAAGAAUCUCAUGAAGACUGGGUGGAGUUAAACAAGGAAACAUCUGAUUAGACUGGUUGUUUUUAUUAGGUCAGUCACACUGAUGACUGAUGUAACAGCCAGUACACUUCCUCCUAAUCUGGGUGUUGAUUACUUUUCUUAAGAUCAAAUAAUAUACAAGUGAAGAAGAAGUGAUCAAAAACUUGGAAAGAAGAAUUGAAGGAGAUCUAGAGCUUGAAUAAUUUGAGCCAAACCAAACUCGUUCCACUGCUCAUUCAUAACCAGGCAGAUAUGGAUACGUUUGUGACCAAGGCAAAGACACCAACGGAGUCACCUUCAUCUUCUAGUAUUCCUGGUCUGCAAGUACCUUCUUCAUCUUCUAGAUAUGUCGUACUAUUCCCAUUCCCUGCUCAAGGUCAUCUGAACCCAUUCUUAGAUUUUGCACGGAAGUUAGCUUCUCGUAUACCAGAUAUCUUCAUCAAAAUCAUAAGUACGCCUGAUAAUAUCCAAAAGCUACGCCCUCGAUUCCUGGUUUACCCUACUAUCGAUUUCGUCGAGCUUCCUCCUUUCGCUGAAAAUGCUGAGAAUACAGAUUCUCUGUCAAGUCUCUCUGCAGUAGCUAAGUUUUACCACUCCUCUGAAUCACUGAAACCCUCUUUCAUACUUUUGAUCUCACAAUUAUUUCAGUUUAAUGGUGGUAAUCCACCUAUCUGCAUCAUCUCUGAUAUGUUCUUGGGGUUCACAGUUGAAGUUGCUCAUAGUUUUGGGUCUCGUCAUGUUCCUCUAUAUACUUCUGGACCUUUUGCCAUGUCUAUUUACAACUCAAUAUGGACUUACCUCCCUCACAGACUAACUCCCGAAGAUGUGCUUACUUUACCUGGUCUACCACCUAAUCUCACAAUUCACCGUAACCAGCUAUCUCAGAACAUGAUCAAGGCUGCAUCUUCUUAUACCCAAGAUUCACCACCCACUUUCGCUGCUCGUCAAGCUGGAUACUGCAAGAAUUCUGACGCAAGUCUAUGGAAUACUGUUGAUGUACUUGAGAAAUAUUGGCUAAAGCAUUGGGAAAGUUCUAGUGGGAGACCAGUUUGGGCUAUAGGACCUCUUCUCCCAAUUUCGUCCAACGAAAAUGAACGAGGAGGGAAGGUUCCUGGUAUGUCACCUCGUGAAUGUGCACAAUGGCUGAGCCUACACCCAGCAAAAUCUGUUCUUUAUGUAUCCUUUGGUUCUCAGAACAGUAUUCCUGUUGACCAGAUGAUGGAGUUUGCAAAAGGUUUGGAAAAAAGUAAGCAAAGGUUUAUUUGGGUGCUUAGGAAUCCGACAGGGUUUGAAGUUGGUGAUGAGUUCAGGUCAGAAUGGUUACCCCAUGGGUUUGAAGAGAGGAUGCGACAGAAAGGAAAAGGAUUGUUAGUUAAGAAUUGGUGUCCACAAAUUGAGAUUCUAUCUCAUGAAUCUACUGGUGCAUUUUUGAGUCACUGUGGAUGGAAUUCAAUACUAGAAAGUUUGAGCAACGGUAUUCCGAUCAUUGGUUGGCCUCUUGGGUCUGAACAAUAUUACAACUCAAAGUUGUUAGAAGAAGAAUUAGGGGUUUGCCUAGAGUUGGCUAGAGGAUUUGAUGCGAAUAUCAAUUGUGAAGACGUCGCUGAAACGGUUGGAUUUGUGAUGGAGGGUGAGAAAGGAGUUGAGAUGAGGAAGAAGGCUGAAGAUUUGAGUGAAGAAAUGAAAAAAGCUUUAAUGGACAAUGGCUCAUCUGUUCAAGCCUUGGAUGAUUUUGUCAAGACUCUGAUGAUGUGGGGUGAGGAGGAUAUCAAACAUUGUUAAUUUCUGUUCGACUUGUAUCAGCAAAAGUUAUGAUGAUGAAUAAACAACAUAUACAAGGUAAUAGGUAAAAAGUGAUGCUUCAUGUAAGUUUAUACUAGUGACGGAUUUUUGUGUGCAACAGAUUCUGUAAGCUUUGCAGACUUGCAUUGUGUAUUGUGCAAGGCUCCAGCUCUUUCUAUUGUACGUUGAACACCAGCCUAGGUAUGGAACAUGUUUGAAAAGUAUAACUUGUUAGCUCAAAUAAAUAUAUGGUAAAUUUCUGAGGUAGUCUUUCAUUAA